UAUCGCAUUACUUGAAACAGCUGUUGAAUGACAGUUCAGAACUCCAGCGCAAAUGAAAAUCGUUGGUAUUUCGUGGGAAAGGAUGCUUAGUGCAUACAAAGUUUCAAAGUACAAACUAAUAGGCGUGUCUGUUGUAGUGGGAAGUGUUUGUAGGGAAGCUUCAAUUUCUUAUUUAAUUAUGUACAAAAAAUAGGGGUACGAAUAUGGUAGUGUAGGUAUUGUUACGUCGGUUUAAUUGCGUGGCGAGAAAAUCGGGUUUUGUGAAAUGCCAAAGACAAAAUAGAUUUGUAUGGUUGUGCUAUACAAAUGAGACAAGUUUUGCGAAGAAAAAUCUCAGGGGAAUGGCGUCACUAAUAGAAAGCCACGCGCAACAAUAUGCUGUUUUGACAGCAGAUAUCACAGCCAAAAUAGGAAAGCUGACAACUCAUGCGGAUAAAAAGAGUAUUAUUCAGGAGAUCGAAAGACAUGUCGAAGAGGCUCAAGAGCUGCUUGAGCAGAUGGAUCUGGAAUCACGGGAGGCUGAACCUGCCAUUAGACCCAGGCUGAGAACCCAGCUUGACAGUUACAGAGCAGAACUCAAAAGAUUGACCCAAGAGUUUACAAAAGUUCGCAACACACAAUUUGAGGAUGGUCUUUACUCUCAAGAUGAUAUUUACAGUAGCAAUGUCAAUGUUACUGAGGAACAAAAGCGAUCACUGUUGGAUAACUCAGAGAGACUGGAGAGAACGGGAAAGCAGUUGACAACAGGCUAUCGCAUGAUUUUGGAGACCGAAGAAAUUGGUUCACAGGUUUUACAGGAUCUGAAUUCUCAGCGGGAAACUAUACAGCGAUCACGAAAUAGGCUACGAGAAACAAAUGCAGAACUUGGCCUUAGUUCAAGACUGAUAAGUGGAAUGUUGAGACGUUCGUGGAUACAUCGAUUUAUAUUAUAUGGUGUUGCUGUGGUUUUUGUUGUCACUAUUGUUGUCGUCAUCAGUUUAGUGGUAAUGAAACAUACUAAUUAAAAUUGUAUUUAAUGAUGGAACUUCUGAGUUUCUGAGAGCCAUGUAUCUAAUUAAUAUGGUGCCAGUGUAGUAUUCAUUGUAUGGUUGUGCCAUGGCAACUGUAUGUUUUUAAGGUUGUAAACAUUCCUGAUUUUACAUGUUACUGUGAACUUAUAUCAAGUGAAAAUUAAUGUAUGAAAGUCUGGCAAGAAAAUAGUUGACUGUUUUGAAGCAAAAUCUUCAGCAAAUAUUUAAUGGCGUUUGGUAAAAUUUGUGAAGAAACAA